AUGGCCGCCGCCAAGCUCGCGGCAGAGCCCGAGCUUGAGAUCCUCAGCCUGGCGGGCGAGGAGCUGGGGAGGAAGGGCGCGCAGAGGCUGAGUCGGGCGCUGCUCACCCACGGCGCCCUCCGCGAGCUGGACCUGGCUUGCGGCUGUGUGGGUGAUGCCGGCAUGGCCUACAUCGCGGGGGCCCUGCAGAGGAAUUCCACGUUGGAGGCGGUGAGCCUUCGGAACAACUCCAUCGGCGCGGAUGGCUGCGCCGCGUUAGCAGAGGCGCUUCUCAGUGCGAACGGCUCGCCCCUUACGGAGCUGAACCUGAGCCACAACCCCCUCGCUGAUGGGGGCAUCCGGGCCAUUGCCAAGGUCCUGCGUGGCGGGGGCGCUGGCCUCCUUGAUUUGGACCUCUCCAGCGCCAGGUCUGUCAGCGAGGAUGCCUGGGUAGACUUCGGAUCCGCCCUGGCGGACUGCCGUCUUACGUCGCUGAAGCUCCGGCAAAAUCCUGCCAUCGGUGACCUUGCCGCGGAAGCCUUUGCACAGUCGCUGGCGAGCGGCGGCUCCCUUUUGCAGCUGGACGUCUCCUUCUGCAGCCUGAGGGGCGGCUGCGCACGGCUUCUCGGGGCGGCGGCCUCGCUGCGUCAGCUGCGGCUCUUUGGCAACGUGGCCGGGCUGGAGACCAUUGAGGCCCUCGGGCAGGCGGGUGAGCAGGGAGCCCACUUAGAAGACCUGGACCUCUCGCGCUGCCAGCUCGGGGAGGGCGCCUGCCCAUCUUUAGCCGCGGCGCUGCGGCGGGGUUCGUCCGCGGACGCAGCCUUGAGGGAGUUGCACUUGGACCGCAACGAUUUGGGUGCACAAGGGAUCGUGACCCUGGCUGAGGCGCUGGGAGCUGAAAGUCAGCUCAGAGCGUUGACUCUCCGCGAGAACCGCUGUGGCGAUAUGGGUGCGGGCGCGAUCGCCAAGGCGCUUGGGCGCAACAGAUCCCUCAAAGAGCUUGACUUGGCUGGAAAUGAGGUGCUCUCUUCUUUUUUCUCCUCGACGAGCUGUUCUAAGAUGUCGAAGCUCAUGCAGCCCGCCUGGCGGCGAUCAGCCUGA